CUUAAUCCCCCGGUUAGUAGUCUAUACAUUCAGCUUCCUUCCUGCCUCUCGCCAUGGACUGGCUCCAGGGGCUCCCUGCUCUGGGUCUCGUUCUCCUGAUCGUUCUGCUGAUCAAGAAGACAUUAAAGAGACAAAAACAUCUGCCCCCCGGCCCCAGACCCCUGCCCCUCCUGGGCAACCUCCUGCAGCUAAAGAGCAGAGAGACGCACAAACCUCUACUGGAGUUCAGUAAGACGUACGGACCGGUAUACACCCUGUACGUGGGUCCGCUGCCCGCCGUCGUACUGUGCGGCUACCAGGCGGUGAAGGAAGCGCUGCUGGAGCAGCCAGAGAAGUUCAGCGGGCGCGCAGAAGUCCCAGUAGUCGACCUCACCAGCGAAGGAUACGGAAUCGCUUUUAGUAACGGGGAGCGAUGGAAGGAGCUGAGGCGCUUUUCUCUGACCACCCUGCGCAAUUUCGGGAUGGGCAAGAGGAGUAUCGAAGAGCGGGUCCAGGAAGAGGUCGGGUUCCUGCUGGAGCUUUUCAGCGAAACACAAGAGUCUCGUUUCGACCCGGCUUUCUUCAUCCGGCGUUCCGUCUCCAACGUCAUCUGCUCCGUGGUCUUCGGAAAACGCUUCGAUUACAGCGACGAGAAGCUGCAGACGCUGCUGGACCUCAUGGCCGAGAACCUUCGCCGGGUGGACAACAUCUGGGUCCAGAUCUACAACUUCAUCCCGUCUCUCCUGAGGCUCGUGCCGGGUCCUCACUACAAACUUCGAGAGAAUUACCUGGAGCAGAUGCAGUACGUAGACGAGGUGGUUCGGGAGCACGAGGCAACGCUGGACCUCGGUAACCCCCGGGAUUACAUCGACGCCUUCCUCGUCAAGAUGAAGCAGGAAAGUAAGAAUCCUCGCACUGAAUACAACAAGCGAAACCUCCUCUCGUCGGCUCUCGAUAUUUUCUUUGCCGGCCAGGAAUCCACCAGCAGCACCUUGGCCUACGGGCUCCUCAUCCUAAUGAAACAUCCGCGCGUGAAAGAAAGGAUCCAGGAGGAGAUUGAAAGAGUGAUCGGUCGAUCCCGGAGGCCGUGCAUGGAGGAUCGCGCCGAGAUGCCUUACACCGAGGCCGUCAUUCAUGAGAUCAUGAGGUUCGCAGAUUUCUUUCCUCUUGGAGUCCCGCACAGCGUGACCGAGGACACCCAUUUCCGAGGCUUCACCCUCCCCAAGGGUACGACCAUCAUCCCCUUUCUACACUCUGUCAUGUUUGACCCCGCGAUGUUUAAAAGCCCCUACGAGUUCGACCCGGGGCACUUUCUGGAUGAGAACGGCAAGUUUAGGAAGAGUGUGGCUUUCAUGGCAUUUUCGGCAGGGAAGCGAAGUUGCCCCGGAGAAGGUCUUGCUCGGAUGGAGCUUUUCCUGUACCUCACCUCCAUCCUUCAGACGUUUGACCUUCGAUCGGCCGCAUCUCCCGACGACAUCGACCUCUCCCCGGAGUACAGCGGAUUUGGGAAGAAACCCCCCGCCUUCCAGCUGAGCUUCGUCCCCUAUUAGAAAUCGCACCCCUCCUGAAACGUGUCCGCCGCGCGACCAAUCAAUCGGGGUGA